GGAGAAAGAAAGGGGGGAAAAGAGCGUAGCGCGAGGGAGCAGCGCUUCCCCGUAGAUAUUUCCCUCCCUGUGGGGCGCCCUGAGCCAGCCAUCCCUCCCACCUCCCGAGUGUUUCUAUAGUAAUUUCCAGCCAAUGAUCAGUAGGUGUCCACAUCCCUGCUUCCUCACCUCAGCACCAAUCAGCCACACACAGCGACAGGAGACACGGACCGAGCAGACGCGGCAGACACACAAUACAGCCCGCGGAUCAGCAGCGGAGGAAGCACCCGAAGCCCCGGCGUUCGCGGUUUCUCCCCGUCUUUUUUCCCCCCUGCGCCGCCCUUUGGCUCAGUUACGCACUUUCCACUUCCCUCGUUUUUCCACCGCGCGAAGCGAGUCGACAAAAAAAUGCUUCUUUUGUUUUGAGCGCCCCGAACCACACGCGCACUCUCGCCCCGCUCCCCCCCCUCCGCCCCCCGUCGGCAGCGUACGUCCGCGCGUCUCCCCGCGUCCUCGCAUUAUUCGGCGGUGAUGUGCCGUUACGCGUCGGCAGGCUGCUAGCGUCUCGGGAGCGUCUCUCCUCAACAGGAUCCCGCACUGGAGAAGACCAACCAGGAUGGUAAAACACUGUUCAUAACCAGCUUCACUUUGACCAAGGCCUCUGUAACCUCACUGUCUUCUCCUAAACAUUGACUUGCAUUUCUCCGCCAUGUCUACCAUAAACAAUGCUCUGUGCAUUGAAAACGGACAGAACGCAGACGUGUCUCUCUUACAAAAGGAUAAUCUACAGGAUGGUGGAUUAAGCCAACUUUUGGAUUAUAACGCAGAAAUGGAAAGGUACAGGUCUUUUGCAAACUUUUAUAAAACCAAUGGGGCAUUUCCACAGACUGCUAAGAUUGCCCGCAUCACAACGCCCAUUUUUCCCAGUGCUAGAAUUGGCAUGUCCCCUUGGAACUGCGAUAACGCCAUGCUCUGGGGAAGGAAAUCAGCUGCAAUAAACCCUAAUAGGACCAGCAUGCAUAGAAAUGACUCCCAGAGGCCAGGGAAGCCUGGCGUUCCGCCAGAGACGCUGCAAAUGGCAAAUAAUAAUUUCCUCUCUACCUUAUCCCCCGAACACUGCAGACCUUUAGCAGGAGAAUGCAUGAACAAGCUGAAAUGCGGUGCUGCUGAAGCAGAGAUAAUGAAUCUCCCAGAACGCGUUGGAACUUUUUCCGCUAUUCCGGCUUUAGGGGGCAUCUCAUUACCUCCCGGGGUCAUCGUCAUGACAGCCCUUCACUCCCCCGCAGCCUCAGCAGCCGUUACAGACAGUGCGUUUCAAAUUGCCAAUCUGGCAGACUGCCCACAGAAUAAUUCCUCAGCAUCCAGUGGAAACCCAGCGAAGAAGAAAAGGAAAAGGUGUGGGGUCUGCGCACCCUGCAGGCGGCUAAUCAACUGUGGUGUCUGCAGCAGUUGUCGGAACCGCAAAACGGGCCACCAGAUCUGCAAAUUUAGGAAAUGUGAGGAGCUGAAGAAGAAGCCAGGCUCAUCGCUGGAGAGAACGCCAGUCAACAACGGUGAAGCUUUUCGGUGGUUCUUUUAAAGAGGACGGCCGUGGUCACCCCAUCCAGCAACAGGAGGGCAAGUGGGACUCUUGACUCUCUGCCAGGAGCACUUGACGGGUUCAUAGAACCCUACACACCCAACAGAUUUGAAGAGGAUGACAGGAGGAAAAGUGGACUGAUGAAAAGAUAAAUGAAAACAUAAUGGUGUUGUUUUAGCUCUGUAAUUUCCUUUUCUGUGUAAUUAUUGUACCUUUUGACAGUAUCAUAAUGUAUAUUUUUGGUGUCUAUGAAUGUGUUUUCAGUGUUGUGGCUGUAGGUUCACAGCCAAUCCUAUGUAAGGGACUCAAACAGACAAUCAUACAAUGAUCCGUCAAAACGAAGAGGCCACAAGGAUUGAAGAUAUAACACGAUACACUUCACUCUGGAGCAAUAAUCUAUUCAACUGAUUAUUCUUCAACCGUUAAUUUCUGCUGACGUUUCAGUUAUUUUAUUACACACAAUGAAUCUGGUAGAUUUGAUUUCUGUUUAAUCCAAAGCUGCGCGCCACGCUGGCAGUGUGACAUGUCUGGGCUGAGCAUGACAACAGGAAGGACGGCAGCACAGCCGCUGUGAUUCGCUGACGUGUUUUCUCUUUUGAGCGGACUCACUGCAGAACAGGGCACAUUGUCUUGUGUGGUGAGUCGCACGUCUUCAGAAUCUAAUUGGAUGGCGUUUGAUUGUGGCAGCACCAGACGUUUAUGAGUCAGACUGCUGUCUGGAGGUCAUUCUCCAAGAUAAUCCGAGUUAAUGUUUCUAACAAUACUACGAAGGUCAUCAAACCUUUUUCUCUGUUUGCUUGACAGGCAGGUUAUAAAAGGUAGAGUGCAACGCCAGCAAAUGGUUUCUAGGUUAUUUUGCAAAACCUUUCAAUUUAGAUUUAUUUACAGCACAGCUUUAACACAUCAGAUGUUGUUCUGGAGCUAACUGAUGCUUACAAUAUUUUUUUCUUCUGCAAAAAUGUUAACACAUUCCAAAAAUGAAAAUUAUUAAAUAAGUUACUCAUUGUCUUAAACCCUAUUGUUGCAUGUGUAAAUGUGUUUUGGUUCUAAAGAUUACUAAGAGUUUGUAUAUUGUUGUUGUGAUGCUUUUAUGUGUUAAAAUAAAAAAAAAAAUUACUUCAGUAA